AUGAUCUUCGUCACUCUUUAUGUCGUUCUGCCUCUUUUAGGUAAGUUUUAGUUUCUCAAGGCCUAUUACUUAUGACUAUGACUAAUAUAUACUGUAAAUGCAGAGUAUAUACAUUUUUAAAUGGACAAUAAUAAGCAAUCAGAGGGCAGCUGAGAUAAAUACAUAGGAAACCUAUAGUGAUCGUUGUGGAGAGAGAUGGGCCACCGUAAUGCGGGCCAUGCCCACUGACUAGUGAAAAAUCAAUUACGAGCUCAUGUGGCCUAAUCGAAGUGAACUGAGUUCUAAUUCUGUAAUACACACAACUAAAUACAGUGGCAUUUCAUUAUCCGUCUCUCAUGCAUAGCCUAUAUACCCUACCAUAGCCUACAUUGCAAAAGCAAAAGCAUAACACGUUUUACGCGUUUCAUAUUUAAUAACUUUACUUGUCCUCAGCUGAUUUAUUUAAUAUUGCACAAAUGUAUAGGGUAUGCCAUACGUUGAUUGCUAUGUCUGUGAGGAGUAGCCUAUAUGAGAUGUUGUGUUGUUGUUAUUGUCACGGAGUUGCGCACUAAAAUACGCUCAGUACAACGUUAAUAUGUUAAUCUCUAAAGCAGCUUUCAUAUGGCUUAAUCUCUGAAUAUUUAUUGUGACUAAAUCCUGGUAUAGCCUACAAUAUUUAACAUUUAAACGACAUAAACAUGAUUAUUAUUAUUAUUAUUAUUAUUAUUAUUUAUUCUCCCCACACAGAUGUUUUGUAUGCCCAGGAGAAUGUCCUUUCUGGUCCCAACCGCCUCGACUGUGUCAAGGCGAGUGAGCAGUGUAUGAAGGAGCAAGGAUGCAGCACCAAGUAUCGGACAAUGAGACAGUGCGUUGCUGGGGGGAAGGAGAGAAACUUUAGCAUGGUGGCCGGACUGGAGGCGCAGGACGAAUGUCGGAGUGCCAUGGAUGCACUCAAGCAGAGCCCCCUGUACAACUGCAGGUGUAAAAGGGGUAUGAAGAAAGAGAAGAACUGCCUUCGCAUCUAUUGGGGAAUCUACCAGACUUUGCAGGGUAUGCACUUUGGUAUCAUUGCAGUUGGCUACAACAUAGCAAGCACACAUUGUCAGAAGUCAAUCUGAUGUUAAUCAAUGGUAAAAAAAACAACAUUUCCCAGACCUGCUUUAUGAGUAAUGUAUUAAUGGACCAUGUAAACUGCUAAAGCAAUACAGUUUCAGGGAGAAAACACCACAUUAUUAGGUGCGUAACUUUCCCGCCCGUGCGUAAUGGGAAAGGAGGGGGGUAAUGUCCUUAAAAAUAUAUCUUAGAAUGAAUCGAGUGUAAAGCCCGUUGGCAUUCGUUAUCUUCGAGUAGAUCUUACACAAAAAUUGUACUGCCUAAUGCCAGUGACCAGUGGGGCAUUAGGGGUUCUCAGUUGUGCAACUGACCAAUAUGCCUAAUCAACCGUAGCCUAACGAGUAGUAGGGCGUCAUGGAAAUUGACUGACCUAGAUACCCAUCUCAUGUGUAUACGCAUGUGAAGAGAUGACAAGCCAUGGUAGCUUACAAACAUUUAGUGAAAACAAUAACCUUUAAAUAAAAUAUAUCUAUCUAUAUGUCUGUAUGUCUGUCAGUCUGUCAGUCUGUCUGUCUAUCUAUCUAGCUUGUUGUCUUCAACAUUUACAUGCCUAUUAACACUGCAACAGUAUGUUAAAAAUCACAUUGUUUUUAAAUAUUCCUUUCAGGGAACGAUUUCCUGGAAGACUCUCCUUAUGAGACCAUGAAUAGCCGGCUGUCUGACAUAUUCCGACUGGCCCCCAUUAUUUCAGGUAAGGACAUGGAUUUAUUUAGAGUUAACUAUGGUGCAACUUAUUUCAAAGUUCACGAACGGACACUUGGCUUCAUUGUGAAAGUAUAUAGAUGAAAUGCUGGCUGUGCAUGUUCUUAGUGCAAUUGUGUUUCUAAUUUUGUACAAUCCUCACACUUUCCCUCUUUCGCCCCAAUGAAAUGCAUGCCCAUUGUUAGUGAACUUGCACGGGGAGCUAUAGUUCUGAGUGUUCGCUGAGUUGGAAAAAUUGAAAAAUGGGUCAGGUUGGAGCAUAGUUCAUUGGGCUGUGUUUAAAUCGUACAACGUCAACAAUUCGAUCUGAAUUGUGAUGGUCAUAUCAAAUCGAUCAUGAAUGCGGGAGAGGUAUCACAUAGGACACCCGUUACACGCGUUGGUGGAGUGAGUUUAUGUUAAAUUAUGAGCCGCCUCUAGAUGGCAAUCUUUUCCCUUGUUCACGAUCGCACAGGUGCUAUCCAUGGAAGCUAUAGUGGCCUUUCUGACUUUACCUUGGUCUUAAUAUGUCUUCGUUGUGAGAAACUCCAAUUCAGUGCUCUUGAGGUGGCGUAUUGUGUGGCAGGUGAUGGAGAAUAAGAGAGCUUGAUAUGAUUUGCAAUGGGAUUGUGAAUAUGAAGGGGAAUUUAAGUAAUCUUUUCAUACAUUUCCUGCCCUAAUUAAAUGGCCAAGACUGUAGCACUGAGCAAAAGUAUUGUUCUCGCCUUGAAAAGGAAUCACCUGUUAUUAUGUCCCUUGUGGACAUACUUUUGUCAAUAAUAUAGUAGGCCCACAAAAGUAUGUGGACACCUGCUCGUUGAACAUCUCAUUACAAAAUCAUGGGCAUUAAUAUGGAGUUGGUCCCCCCUUUGCUGCUAUAACAGCCUCCACUCUUCUGGGAAGGCUUUCCACUAUAUGUUGGAACAUUGCUGCGGGGACUUGCUUCCAUUCAGCCACAAGAGCAUUAGUGAGGUCGGGCACUGAUGUUGGGCGAUUAAGCCUGGCUCGCAGUCGGCGUUCCAAUUCAUCCCAAAGGUGUUCGAUGGGGUUGAGGUCCGGGCUCUGUGCAGCCAGUCAAGUUCUUCCACAUCGAUGUUGACACAUCAUUUCUGUAUGGACCUCGCUUUGUGCACGGGGGCAUUGUCAUGCUGAAACAGGAAAGGGCCUUCCCCAACUGUUGCCACAAAGUUGGAAGCACAGAAUCGUCUAGAAUGUAAUUGUAUGCUGUAGCGUUAAGAUUUCCCUUCACUGGAACUAAGGGUCCUAGCCCAAACCAUGAAAAACAGCCCCAGACCAUUAUUCCUCCUCCACCAAACUUUACAGUGGGCACUAUGCAUUCGGGCAGGUAGCGUUCUCCUGGCAUCCACCAAACCCAGAUUAGUCCGUCAGACUGCCAGAUGGUGAAGUGUGAUUCAUCACUCCAGAGAACGCAUCUCCACUGCUCCAGAGUCCAAUGGCGGUGAGAUUUACACCACUCCAGCCGACGCUUGGCAUUGCGCAUGGUGAUCUUAGGCUUGUGUGCGGGUGCUCGGCCAUGGAAACCCAUUUCAUGAAGCUCCCAAUGCACAGUUCUUGUGCUGACGUUGCUUCCAGAGGCAGUUUGGAACUCGGUAGUGAGUGUUGCAACCGAGGACAGACGAUUGUUACGCGCUUCAGUACUCGGUGGUCCCGUUCUGUGAGCUUGUGUGGCCUACCACUUCGUGGCUUAGCCGUUGUUGCUCCUAGACAUUUCCACUUCACAAAAACAGCACAUAAAGUUGACCGGGGCAGCUCUAGCAGGGCAGAAAUUGGAAGAACUUACUUGUUACAAAGGUGGCAUCCUAUGACGGUGCCACGUUGAAAGUCACUGAGCUCUUCAGUACGGGCCAUUCUACUGCCAAUGUUUCCCAUGGAGAUUGCAUGGCUGUGUGCUCGAUUUUAUACACCUGUCAGCAAUGGGUGUGGCUGAAAUAGCCAAAUCCACUAUUGGCCAUGAAGUGUACAUGUAUAUAACCUGGAAGCAUAGACAAUUAUGGAUGUUCCUUUAGUGAAUUAUUUUUUGUAUAUUGAUCGCUAAAUGGACUAAAUCAAGGGGCAAUUUUGGUAAGUCAUCAAUGGCGAAAGAGAGACAUAAACUGCAGCAACAUGAUGUGUCCUUGAGCAAACCAAGAGAGACCCAAGUAACGUUUCUAGGACAAUGACUCUAAUUUCAGAAAAGUGGAAAUGACACAUUAGUCAUUAUAGAUGCCUGUCAGAAUACAGCCAAACAUCUAAGCAAAAUGAAAUGUCUAGCUUCUUCGGAGCAUAGUUCAUAUCAAGGCAAAUAACAGCCCCAGACAUUUUCCCCUCUGAGUUACCAGAACAGAAAUAUUUAUAGGAAAACACUCAGCAUCUGAAGGUGCUCCUUAUUCCCCUUUGAAAAGCUAUUUAUGUUGAUUGAGGGUUGCACAUUUAUCUCUUAGCUACGGGUCCCACAGAUCAUCCCUCCCUGCUCAUCAUGGGGGAUUUAAGGGCCAGGCAGGGUGAGAGGGAGACCCUAUGGGUGAGAUGGGUGACAGGACGGGUGUCAGGGAGGUUUAGGUCAACAGUGCCUCCCACAGGCCCUACUUCCAGGCAGCCCUAUAAAAUGGCUGUCUCCGUAAGGCUGAGAGGACUCAUAGAUCAUCUGACUGAUUCAUAGUGGGGAACAAAGGGAGGCAUUGUGAGAUGUAAUGAAUCUGUAAUAGGCCACUGCUUUGGCCCUGAGCCUCAUAAUCUCCAGUGACACUCUGGUCAUUCUCCUCAGCACCCUCCUGAUUAUAAUGAGGUUUAUUCCUGAUCUUUCCUACACACUGACCCCCAGGUCCCAAUGUCCCCAUUCCCACCUCCACUCUGGAUACUGUAGGCCUCUGA